AUGGCGGCGGAGGAGAAGAAGAAAAUAAGCACAGAAGAAGAAGCAACACCAACCAAGGAGGAUCUUCGUGAAGAUCUCAUCGCAGACAUACUUUCAAGGCUUCCGGUCAAGUCUCUUCUAAGAUUAAGAAGGCAUCAGAAGCUACCCACCAUUAAGUAUUCUAUUGCCGACAUUGGUCACGGAUUUGGGUACGACCCCACCACCAACGACUACAAACUGAUAAAAAUUGGUAAAGAGGUGAAGGUCUACUCACUUAGCACCAACUCAUGGAGAAAUAUCGGGAGCAUACCGUUCUACUUCUUCCUCCGACACGAUUUUGGGGUUUUUGCAAAUUCUGCUCUUCAUUGGGUCUCAAAGUGCGAACAUGAUACCACCUCCAGUUUUAUCCUUUCCUUUGACCUUAAAGAUGAGAAGUUUCGAGAGGUGCCACUACCUGACUCGAUAGACAACUUGGCAUAUGAUAAGUUUCACAUGCAUUUGAGGGUUCUUGGAGGACAACUCUGCAUAUUCUACAACUUCUUCAUGAUCCGUGUUGAGAUUUGGGUGAUGAAGGAUUACGGGGUGAGAGACUCUUGGGUGAAACAGUUCUCGAUUGAACAACCAUCGGUUAUGGGUUCUUUUUUGAACUUCAGUAUCGGUAAUGGUGAAGUUUUAUUCCGGAACAAUAAGAGUGAGCUGGUACUGUAUGAUCCCCGUAGAGGAAGGGAGAGGAAUCUUAGGAUUUGUGGUGUUACUCUUAUGAGGAUAAGAGCAACCUGCGUUGGGAGUCUCGUUCCACUCAAUGCCAAAGAUGAAAUUCAACAUGAACAAGAUCAGAGGAAGACAAAGAGACCAAAAAAAGGUAAUAACAAUAUAAUAUCAUUUAUCUACAUGAUCAUGGUUCGUGAUCUCAGUAUUGCCUGGAUUGGAUCGGAUUGGGAUCGCCCAAACUCCGACAAAUAUGACACUUUUGUUCCUGCUGGAUGGAUGGGGGCUUGUGCUAUGAUAACAGAUGAUUAUGAUGAUCAAUCCCUUUUCACAAAAGGCGGUGAAGAUAAUGUAUUUGGUGGGGAUGACAUUAAGGUUUGA